CUCUAUUUCUGAACAGGCAUGUUUCAGGCAGCUUACCCGACUCCUUAGAUUACUAUGGGAUCCGUAGGGUCCUGAGCGUCGGAGUAGCAAGAAAGCAUAGCCCACGAAGGGCCUGAAUUCAGAAGAAAACUCGAGAUCUACUGAGGGAUUUAUUUAUUUAUUUUUAAUCCUGGUGGUGCGAGGGAGGAAGAGAAGGUUGUGAGGCCCGGUCGAACGCGCGGCAGCGCGAAGGCCCCCUCAGGCGGCGCUGAGGGCAGCCCCGCAGCCGGGGCCUGGUGCAGCCGCCGCGGCCGCUGUCAGGGAAGCGCAGGCGGCCAAUGGAACCCGGGAGCGGCCGCUGCUGCUGAGGCGGCGGUGUCGGCAGCCCGACCCCGACCGCCCGCACCCCCUCCGCCGGGGUCCCCCGGAGCUUGCAAGCUCCAAGUCUGGCUGUGGCCAUGGGAGACACGGUAGUGGAGCCUGCCCCGCUGAAGCCACCUUCCGAGCCUGCUCCUGGCCCGCCAGGGAAUAAUGGGGGCUCCUUGCUAAGUGUCAUCACGGAGGGGGUCGGGGAGCUCUCGGUGAUUGACCCGGAGGUGGCCCAGAAGGCCUGCCAGGAGGUGCUGGAGAAAGUCAAGCUCUUGCAUGGAGGCGUGGCCAUCUCUAGCAGAGGCACCGCACUGGAGCUGGUCAAUGGGGAUGGUGUGGACAGCGAGAUCCGUUGCCUGGACGACCCACCCGCCCAGAUAAGGGAGGAGGAAGAUGAGAUGGGGGCCACGGUGGCCUCAGGCACAGCCAAGGGAGCAAGAAGGCGGCGGCAGAACAACUCCGCCAAACAGUCUUGGCUGCUGAGGCUGUUUGAGUCGAAACUGUUUGACAUCUCCAUGGCCAUUUCAUACCUGUAUAACUCCAAGGAGCCUGGAGUGCAGGCCUACAUCGGCAACCGGCUCUUCUGCUUUCGUAAUGAGGAUGUGGACUUCUAUCUGCCCCAGUUGCUUAACAUGUACAUCCACAUGGACGAGGACGUGGGUGAUGCCAUCAAGCCCUACAUAGUCCACCGCUGCCGCCAGAGCAUUAACUUUUCCCUCCAGUGUGCCCUGUUGCUGGGGGCCUACUCUUCAGACAUGCACAUUUCCACUCAGCGACACUCCCGUGGGACCAAGCUGCGGAAGCUGAUCCUCUCAGAUGAGCUGAAGCCUGCUCACCGAAAGAGGGAGCUGCCCUCCUUGAGCCCAGCCCCUGACACAGGACUGUCUCCCUCAAAAAGGACCCACCAGCGCUCUAAGUCAGAUGCCACCGCCAGCAUAAGUCUCAGCAGCAACCUGAAACGAACAGCCAGCAACCCUAAAGUGGAGAAUGAGGAUGAGGAGCUCUCCUCCAGCACCGAGAGUAUUGAUAAUUCAUUCAGUUCCCCCGUCAGACUGGCUCCUGAGCGAGAAUUCAUCAAGUCCCUGAUGGCGAUUGGCAAGCGGCUGGCCACGCUCCCCACCAAGGAGCAGAAGACACAGCGGCUGAUCUCAGAGCUCUCCUUGCUCAACCAUAAGCUCCCCGCCCGAGUCUGGCUGCCCACUGCCGGCUUUGACCACCACGUGGUCCGUGUGCCCCACACCCAGGCUGUCGUCCUCAACUCUAAGGACAAGGCUCCCUACCUGAUCUACGUGGAGGCCCUCGAAUGUGAAAACUUCGACACCACUAGCGUCCCCGCUCGGAUCCCCGAGAACCGGAUUCGGAGCACCCGGUCUGUGGAGAACCUGCCCGAAUGCGGCAUCACCCACGAGCAGCGGGCAGGCAGCUUCAGCACUGUGCCCAACUAUGACAACGAUGACGAGGCCUGGUCGGUGGAUGACAUAGGCGAGCUACAGGUGGAGCUCCCUGAAGUGCACACCAACAGCUGUGACAACAUCUCCCAGUUCUCCGUGGACAGCAUCACCAGCCAGGAAAGCAAGGAGCCUGUGUUCAUCGCAGCAGGUGACAUCCGACGUCGCCUUUCGGAGCAGCUGGCUCACACCCCCACAGCCUUCAAACGAGACCCAGAAGACCCUUCUGCAGUUGCUCUCAAAGAGCCCUGGCAGGAGAAAGUGCGGCGCAUUAGAGAGGGUUCCCCCUAUGGCCAUCUCCCCAAUUGGCGGCUCCUGUCAGUCAUCGUCAAGUGUGGGGAUGACCUUCGGCAGGAGCUGUUGGCCUUCCAGGUGUUAAAGCAACUACAGUCCAUUUGGGAACAGGAGCGAGUACCCCUGUGGAUCAAGCCAUAUAAGAUCCUCGUGAUCUCGGCCGACAGUGGCAUGAUUGAACCGGUGGUCAACGCUGUGUCCAUACACCAGGUGAAGAAGCAGUCGCAGCUCUCCCUGCUCGAUUACUUCCUACAGGAGCAUGGCAGCUACACCACUGAGGCCUUCCUCAGCGCCCAGCGCAAUUUUGUGCAGAGUUGUGCUGGCUACUGCUUGGUCUGCUAUCUGCUGCAGGUCAAGGACAGACACAAUGGGAACAUCCUGUUGGAUGCAGAAGGCCACAUCAUCCACAUCGACUUUGGCUUCAUCCUGUCCAGCUCACCCCGAAACCUGGGCUUUGAGACAUCAGCCUUCAAGCUGACCACGGAGUUUGUGGACGUGAUGGGCGGCCUGGAUGGCGACAUGUUCAACUAUUACAAGAUGUUGAUGCUGCAGGGGCUGAUCGCAGCUCGGAAACACAUGGAUAAGGUGGUGCAGAUCGUCGAGAUCAUGCAGCAAGGCUCUCAGCUCCCUUGCUUCCAUGGCUCCAGCACCAUCCGCAACCUCAAGGAGAGGUUCCACAUGAGCAUGACCGAGGAGCAGCUGCAGCUGCUGGUGGAGCAGAUGGUGGACGGCAGCAUGCGGUCCAUCACCACCAAACUCUAUGACGGCUUCCAGUACCUCACCAACGGCAUCAUGUGACGCCCUCCUCUUCAGGCCCCAGCGCGAUGGGGGGGUUCAGGGGACCCUCCCUGGGAAAGCCCUUGGAGAAACCCUAAGCCAGGAAGCCCCACCCCCCCAGCCAUCCACCAAGGGGAAUGGAAGGCAAGACAUACAAAGGAUCAUGUGGUAACCGUAGAGCUUGCCGGGGCGGGUGGGGAGAGCCAGCUGCGGGGUCCAGACUGACUGGGGCUUCCUUGCCGCCACCCCAGCUGUGUCAGUAUUACCACCUGAUGGACUCCAGGACUCACUGCCCUCCAGAGAACAGAAGUGAUAAGUGUGGGGGGCGCUGGGGCCUCGCUUCUCCUCACCAGGGUCCGAGAGGUUCUUUCCACAGGCCAUCCGCUUCAUGUAUUCUGGGUCCCAGGAAGAAAAGAGUAGGUUCUUGGUACUGAGGACUUGAUCCUGUGGUUGGCCUUUGGCCAUGCUGCUGCCUGACUGUCCCCUCCCAGGGACUGAGCCCUAGCCCGAGUUCCCCUGGGUAGGUGGGCUUUGGCAUAGGGUCCUGCCCUUGCUGAGGUCCCCCAUCCCAGAAGUGAGGAAGGGAAUGAUCACGGCCCCUCCAGUCUGAGGGUACUGGCCUAGCCUCGGGGAAUUCCUUGCCCUGAUCCCUUCCCCACACCCAGGGAGCUAGCUCUCAAUUUUUUAUUUUUUUUGUUUGAAAUAAAGUCCUUAGUUAGCCAUC